AUGGGAAAUAGCAAUAGUAUGAUAAAUGUAACAUUCGAUCGACCACAACCGACUGUAUAUCAUGGUGGGGAUAUUGUAUCAGGUCGAAUUAAUAUGACCAUUCCAGGUAAUGCAGACAAAAUUCGCGAGAUACAUUUAAUAGUUACUGGCGAUGUCGGUUAUACAACAACACGUACAACUCGCAUGCAAAAUGGACAAACAGAACGAAUCACUGAUCAUCAUAACAUAAGAAUUUUCGAACAAAAAGUAACUAUAGGUCAAGGAAUGUCCUCUGGACAUAAUGAAGCUGGAGGAAGAAUAAAUAAUCGGGCAAGCUUUGAACCAGGUCAAUAUGUGCAUCCGUUUUCUGUUCGUUUACCUGACAGUUUGCCUCCAACAGUACAUCCAACAGAUUAUCCAUUUGUUCGAUAUGAACUACAGCUCUUUAUUGAAAAAAAAUGGUAUAAUCAAGAUGGCCAAUGUCGUUAUCCACUUCGUGUUUAUCCACGAGUAAAUCUUCUUCAAAAAAUCAAUUCACAAUGUGCAGUUAAGUUUGAUACAAAACGUAAUGAUAUUAAAAUAAGAGGUAUUAUACAGCGUGCUGGCCUUAUACCCGGUGAGCAAACAAAUCUAUCACUGGAAAUCUAUAAUCCAAAUCAUGUAACAAUAAAGCGCAUCGACGUAUGCCUUAUUCAACGUUAUGAAAUUGAGCAAUGUCGACGUCGUUUGGAGCUUAUUCGUUUUGCAGUUCCUGAACUAGUUAACAAAAAUGAUACGCAUAUUGAAGCUUCAUGUCCAAUUACAGUUCCGAUAGGUAUUUCGCCAACAUAUAAUUUUAAGAACAAAAAUGGUAGCACAAGUGUGCAUGUGAAUCUGCAUUAUGAUAUAAAAUUAGAAGUUAAAGUUAAAGGAAUUUUUUCUGAUUUUGAUUUGCAAGUUCCAAUAAUAAUUGGUACUGAUUCAGCGGAAAACCCAAAGUUUGGUAAUGCGACAAAAGUGCCAAGUUUACUGGCAGAUUUAAAUGCAAUUGAUAUGCUUGAGUUAGAAGCUCGCGAUGAUGCUACGCUUGAGUAA